AUGGCGGGACCUCAAUCGUCACAUCCUCAUCCCUACGUUCCACGAGACUUGCAUCUCCCUGGCUACGUUCCAUGCUUCAUCUCUCAAUCCAACAUUCUCACCGUCUUUGCAUCCUUCACCGUCAUUCUCUUUUCCCUCACAUGGAUCUUCUCAGGACGCCUCAAGAAAACAAAAGUCGAUAGGCUGCUAAUUUUCUGGUGGGCUUUCACUGGUCUCAUACACAUAGUUCUUGAGGGUUAUUUUGUCUUUUCACCAGAGUUUUUCAAGGAUAACACCGGCUUCUACCUUGCUGAAGUUUGGAAGGAGUAUAGCAAAGGAGAUUCAAGGUAUGCAGGAAGGGAUGCAGGAGUAGUAACGGUUGAAGGACUAACUGCAGUUUUGGAGGGUCCAGCUAGUCUUCUGGCAGUAUAUGCAAUAACUACUGGUAAAUCAUACAGCUACAUACUUCAAUUUGCCAUUUCUUUGGGUCAGCUAUAUGGAACUGCUGUAUAUUACAUAACAGCGAUUUUGGAAGGCGAUAAUUUUUCUACAAAUUCACUUUACUACUAUUCAUACUACAUUGGAGCAAAUUUCUCUUGGAUCGUAAUACCCUCAAUCAUCUCCAUCCGCUGCUGGAGGAAGAUUUCUGCUGCAUUUCAAGUUCAAAGCCAGACAAAAAAGCAUAAAAAUCGUUGA